GACAGAAUGGGGAGGGUUCCAGCCCUCCUGCGUUCUCAGAGAGCUGGGGGGCUAUAAAAACAGGAGAUGCUGGGCAGCUGGGAGACAGUGACAGACAAAGGCUGAGAGAGGAGAAACCAGAGAGUGAGCAGAAGGCAGCAAACAUCAGAGCAUUCCCUGACCCACGCCAGCAUGGGCUCCUUCUCCAUCACCAUGGGCUUCUUCCUCUUCCUGGCCUUUUGGCUUCCAGGCCAUAUUGGAGCAAAUCCUGUGUACAGUGCGGUGUCCAACACAGAUCUGAUGGAUUUCAAGAACCUGCUAGACCAUCUGGAGGAGAAGAUGCCUGUAGAAGAUGAAGUCAUGCCCCCACAGGCCCUGAGUGAGCAGACUGAUGAAGCAGGGGCGGCACUUAGCUCCCUCCCUGAGGUGCCUCCCUGGACUGGGGAGGUCAACCCACCUCAGAGAGAUGGCAACGCUCUGGGGCGCAGCCCCUGGGACCCCUCUGAUAGAUCUGCCCUCUUGAAAAGCAAACUGAGGGCUCUGCUCGCUGGCCCUCGGAGUCUACGAAGGUCCAGUUGCUUCGGGGGUAGGAUUGACAGGAUUGGAGCCCAGAGUGGACUAGGCUGCAACAGCUUCCGGUACCGGAGAUAACAGCCAAGGAGGAAAAGGCAUCCAAACCUGCUUGAGCAGAUCUCAAAAGACCCUAAGCCCUGGAGGUGCGUCACGCAGCCCGGUUACACUGCUGCUGAGGUGUGGUGAACACCCUCCUGGAGCUCCGGCUUCCUGUCUUCAUCUAUCACGGUUGAUAUUAAAUGUAGAUGAAUGGUUUAGUGGGGCCUCGCCUCUCCCACUCUGCAUAGUAAAGUAGAUCCUCACCCCUUUCAGAAAGCAGUUGGAAAAAAAAAUUGAAUAAACUUCAGCACCAAGGAC